AUGCAGCAGUGUCACACCGCUCUGUGUCUGUCCGUCUACAUCCUCACCUUCGUGCUGGGCUUUCCCGCCAACAUCCUGGCCUUCUACACCUUCUGCAAAAAGCUGCGGGAAAAAGCCCAACCCAUAGACAUCCUCCUGCUCAACCUGACCAUCUCCGACCUCCUCUUCCUUCUCUUCCUGCCGUUCAAGAUGCAAGAAGUCCUGAACGAAAUGAUUUGGAACCUGCCCGACGCCCUCUGCCCCCUCUCUGGCUUCAUAUUCUACCUCACCAUCUACACCAGCACCUUCUUCCUCACGGCGAUAAGCGUAGAGCGAUAUCUGGGCGUGGCGUUCCCCAUCCAGCAUUCCCUAAAACGCCGCCCAGUCUACGCCAUCGGAGCUAGCAUCUUCUUCUGGGUUUUCUCCUUCAUUCACCUCAGCAUAGUCUUCAUCAUUCCACUCAUCGGUGGAAAUGGGCCGAUCCCCAAAGACACAACCAACGAGACAAACUCCGGAAACACCACAACUUUAUCAGAUGUCGUUACGGUUGAAAGAAAGAAUGUCUGCUACGAAAACUUCACCGAUCAGCAGCUGGAAGUCCUGCUCCCGGUCAGACUUGAACUUUGCAUCGUGCUGUUCUGCGUCCCGCUUUUAAUCUCCUGCUUUUGCUACAUCAACUUCAUUCGGAUUCUGCUCUCGCUGCAGCACAUCAACCGGAGAAAGCGACUCCGCGCCAUCGGUAUGGCGUUGGGAACUCUCGUCGUCUUCGCCCUCUGCUUCGGACCUUACAACGUUUCCCACAUUGUCGGUUUCAUCCAAGGUCGCAGCCCGCUCUGGAGGGACAAGGCCUUACUCUGCAGCACCUUCAACGCCUGUCUAGACCCUUUCAUUUUCUACUUCUCCUCGUCGGCCAUGCGGGGGUCCGUCAGCUCGGUGUUGCAGGGCGUGAAGCGGGGGUUGCCGCGGCGCCUGGUCAGCUGCAUGGUCUGCCGUUUACCCGCGGUUUUGAAAAUCAGCAGCAGUCACAGCAACAACAGCAACAGCGACAAAGAUAAGGAACGCAAACAGGAGUCCACGAGCGCUAUCUGA